AUGGGUUUUCGCUUUUCACCACAGCAACGGCUUCUUCAGCAUAUCAAUUUCAACUUUCAACUUCUUCAGCAACGGCUUCGUCAUUUCAGGUUUUAG